CUUUCGUCUUGACUCUGACCUGAGGAAGAGUCGUGUUGUACAUCUUCGGCAAUUAUUCACCAGUCCAGCUUGAAUGCCAGUAAAGACACCAAGGAAACCUAAGGAGUCUAGGAUACCUAUUUAUGUGGCAGUCACCCACCAAUAUGAUUGAUGUUCAGGUUACCAUAUUCUUGACUCCUUGCCAAGAUCCACGGGGUUUGCUUCACCACCCCUCGGGCUCAUUGUGACUGAGAGUUGUGAGUCAACAAACAUUACCCCACCCUUCAAGGGCAACUCCCCCCCGUGAAUUGCUUCUCAUUCCUGGUGUACCACGUUGCAAAUUUCCGAGUCCAUCGAAGGUUCCUUACUGAAAUCUUAACUCGACUUUCCUCGUCUUUCCGACACCACCAACAUGGCAACCGCCCUUUUCGUAAUCGACAUCCAGAACGACCUCGCAGCUGACCCAGCGACGCAAAUCCCGCACGCCGAGCGCGUCAAGGCGGCCGGGGACCAGAUUCUGUCCGCCGCUCGCAUCGUCCUAGAAACCCAAAAUGACGAAGUUGCCACACCAUGCACGAUCGUCUUCGUACAACACGAGGAGAAACCGGAGAGCGGGCCUCUAGUGCGGGAGAGCGAGCCGUGGAAACUGGUUUUCGAGCCACGUGCUGGCGCGGAGGAAGAGCGGUUGAUUUCUAAAUGGACACGCGACACGUUUGAAUCGAACCCCAACCUUGCUUCGGAGCUCAAGGCGGCUGGGGUGCAGCAUGUUAUCGCCUUUGGCAUCCAGAGCGAGUGUUGCGUUGAGUCGACCUGCAAUGGUGCCCUCGCCGCAGGAUUCGGGGUCACCCUACUCUCCGGGGCACACUCCACCUACGAUUGUGGACGCAAGACGGCCGAAGAGAUUGAGAGGGAGGUGGAAGAGCGUCUCCGGGAUAAAGGGGUCAAGAUUGUCCCUUGGAAAGAAGCUGUUGGUCUGUGGAAGUAACCGUUCGAAA